AUGGCUUCGAAUGCAAUCUCAUCUGGUAUCCCCAUCACAUCGCAAGCAGCCAUGCAGUACUUUGCUGCCCACCCUCGGCGACAGCAAGUUCAUUUUGGCAACUACCUCUUGCUACAGACAUUGGGAGAGGGUGAAUUCGGCAAGGUCAAGUUGGGAGUACACAAGGAAUGGGGAGAGGAGGUGGCUGUCAAGCUCAUCAAGAGGGAAAAGGUCGGAGGCGAUAAGAUGCGACUUGAUAUCAGCCCGCCUGGCGUACCUCCGAAGGACCCUGCGAAGAUGACCAAGGUCGAAAGAGAGAUUCAGGUGUUGAAGGACAUGCGUCACCCUAACAUCGUCAGGCUGUACGAAGUCAUCGAGUCGGAUCGCUACAUCGGCAUCGUGCUGGAGUACGCUUCAGGCGGAGAACUUUUCGAUCACAUCUUGGCGCACAAGUACCUCAAGGACCGCGAUGCCUGUAGACUCUUUGCACAGCUCGUCUCUGGUGUCAACUACCUGCACCAGAAGAAGGUGGUGCAUCGCGACCUGAAGCUUGAGAACCUCUUGCUGGAUCGGAAUCGCAACGUCAUCAUCACUGACUUUGGCUUUGCAAACAACUUUGCAGAUCGUCAAGACGAUCUCAUGGCAACGAGCUGUGGUAGUCCGUGUUAUGCUGCUCCUGAGCUAGUAGUUCAAGAUGGCCUCUACAAUGGUUCAGCCGUCGAUGUCUGGUCUUGUGGUGUCAUUCUCUACGCCAUGCUCGCCGGCUACCUCCCCUUUGACGAUGACCCGGCCAACCCCGAAGGUGACAACAUCAACCUGCUCUACAAGUAUAUCCUGGCAACGCCCUUGUCCUUCCCAGAGUACAUCACUGCUGAGCCUCGAGACUUGCUGUCGAAGAUGCUGGUACCUGACCCUGCGAAGCGUAUUGAUCUACGAGGUGUGAUGGCACAUAGCUGGCUCACUCCUUAUCGUGAGCUCUUCAAGUUCACAGUGGACGAGCUCGAGCGAGCCGCUGUCGAGCAGCAGACCAAGAAACGUCAAGUAUACAUGCAGCAGAUGGUGCUCCAGUUCCAGAUGCGAGAGCGACAGAAGCAAGAAGCCGCCAACAAUGCUGCUCAGCGCUCAGACGCAGGCAACCGAUCGGCUGCUUUCCCUUCGAGUAGCGUCUCCAUGGCCUCCGGACUCGUACCACAGACCUCGAAGGCUGCUCGCCCUCAGAGUGCUACCGCUGCUACACUUCAGCAGGAGAAUCGUUCUGCUCGCACCAACAUGGAUCCACCUGCUACUGUGCCGUCCAAGCCUCAGCCCGCAUCAAUGCCGCUGAGC